UGUGUGACUCUGCCCUCCUUGAAUAGCUACUGAGGCAGUGGUGGCCGCUUUGAGGCCUCGUUUUCCUCCUGCCUUCGCUCACGUUUCCUCACCGUCGGGUGGAGAAAAAGCAGCGGUGGUGGCGGCGGCGGCGGCUUCCCCCCCAGCAACUGCGGAACAGGGCAGGGUCGCGGAGUGGAGCGGAACCGAGCCGACUUGCCCGGCACUUGAAGCCCGGUGGAAGUGUAGGAAGCGCGGCUCCUGUCGGGAAAGAAAGGGAGGGGAGAGAGCAGCAGAGCGACUGUGACGAGCCGCCGCGGGGACCCGAGAAGAAAGAGACCGAGAGCCAGACAAAACCGGCGGGGCGGGCGGCCGCGGAAAGCAAAGAAAGGAGGAAGAUGCCUCAGCCGUUACGCGGCCGUUGGUAAAGCCGCGCGUAUCCGGAGGGCAAGGCGGAGGCUUACACGCUCCCCCACCCCCAUCUCGGAGAAGCGGGGCCAGGGCUGCAGCAGGCACCCUCUCGUCUACCCCCGCUGCAGCUGGGCAGGGAACGACGCCGUGCCUUUCCCCGGGCCUCCGUCUCGAUGGAGGGAGCAGCCCGCUGACGCUGCGCUGAGAAAGUUUCCUGUUUUCAUGGUAGGCCUCGCUCUCUCUUUCUUCUUUCCUUCCCUCGUUUCAAAGGAGCUGCUGGUGGGUAGCUGGCACGGAGGAGGAGGAAGAACCGCUACGCUGGCUGCCAGGGCGGCUGCCUCACUGGGGAAAAUGUGGCUGCAGAGACUCGGGGCCCCAGGCUGGAGACGAGAGAAGACUGGCAGGGCUGUAUCGGCAGCCUAGAGACUCCCGAGUGAAGGGGCAGUGGGAAAGACUGCUCCCCCAGGAGGGAGUAGCCCCUCUGUUCCCAUUUUCGGCUUUAACUCUCUUUCGCGCGAGGAUGUGUGGCGGGGAGAGCAUGCAAGACAACCUCGGCACAUCCCCAGUCCUUUGAGAAGGAGAGCUAGGAGUACCAACUCAGGGAUCACACCCUCUUUUUUGUUUUGUUUUUGCUUUUCUGUGGAUUAAAGCGACCAUCUCUUCAGCACCAUGUCGACAGGAGAAAGCUUUGAGUGUCGGUUUGAAAAAAUCGGAAUGAUGAUAAAGGACCCCAAAUCUGAAGUGAAUUCGGACUGUUUGUUGGAUGGAUUAGAUGCAUUGGUGUACGAUUUGGAUUUUCCUGCCUUAAGGAAAAAUAAAAACAUAGACACCUUUUUAAACAAAUAUAAAGACACAAUAAACAAAAUAAGAGAUCUCCGUAUGAAAGCUGAAGAUUAUGAAGUGGUGAAAGUGAUUGGCAGAGGAGCAUUUGGGGAAGUUCAGUUGGUAAGGCACAAGUCAUCACGAAAGGUCUAUGCUAUGAAACUUUUGAGCAAGUUUGAGAUGAUAAAAAGAUCGGAUUCUGCAUUCUUUUGGGAAGAAAGAGACAUCAUGGCAUUUGCAAACAGCCCUUGGGUUGUGCAGUUGUUUUAUGCUUUCCAAGAUGACCGUUACCUUUACAUGGUGAUGGAAUACAUGCCUGGUGGGGACCUCGUGAAUUUAAUGAGCAACUAUGAUGUUCCUGAGAAAUGGGCAAGAUUUUAUACUGCAGAAGUUGUUCUUGCAUUAGAUGCGAUUCACUCCAUGGGCUUUAUUCACAGAGAUGUAAAGCCUGACAAUAUGCUGCUAGAUAAAUCGGGUCAUUUAAAACUAGCAGAUUUUGGUACCUGUAUGAAGAUGAAUAAGGAAGGUAUGGUACGAUGUGAUACAGCUGUUGGGACACCAGACUAUAUAUCCCCAGAAGUAUUAAAAUCUCAAGGUGGUGAUGGUUACUAUGGGCGAGAAUGUGACUGGUGGUCAGUUGGCGUCUUUUUGUAUGAAAUGCUUGUUGGAGAUACACCUUUUUAUGCAGAUUCUUUAGUUGGAACAUAUAGCAAAAUUAUGAACCAUAAGAAUUCUCUUAGCUUCCCCGAUGAUAAUGAUAUUUCUAAAGAUGCAAAAAAUCUUAUUUGUGGCUUCUUAACUGACAGGGAAGUUAGAUUAGGCCGAAAUGGUGUGGAAGAAAUCAAGCGACACCCAUUCUUCAAAAAUGAUCAGUGGUCUUGGGAAAAUCUUAGAGAUACUGUAGCACCUGUUGUGCCUGAUUUAAGUAGUGAUAUUGACACUAGUAACUUUGAUGAUUUGGAGGAAGAUAAAGGAGAAGAAGAAACAUUCCCUAUACCAAAAGCAUUUGUUGGCAACCAACUACCUUUUGUAGGAUUUACUUACUACAGCAACCAUCAGUAUUUAUCCGGCUGUACAGCAAAUUCUAAUGACAACAGGGCAAGCACCAAUGUAGAUAAAAGUUUGCUGGAAUCUUUGCAAAAAACGAUCUAUCAGCUUGAAGAACAGCUACAUAAUGAAAUGCAACUGAAAGAUGAAAUGGAACAAAAAUUCAGAACAUCAAACAUUAAAUUAGACAAGAUUAUGAAGGAAUUAGAUGAAGAGGGCAAUCAGAGAAAAAACUUGGAGUCAACAGUUACUCAGGUUGAGAAGGAAAAUAUGCUUCUGCAACACAAACUAAGUGAUUAUCAAAGAAAAGUUGAACAGGAGAAUGAGAAACGCCGGAAUGUAGAAAAUGAAGUGUCAACAUUGAAAGACCAGUUGGAAGACUUAAAAAAAAUUAGUCAGCAUUCACAUAUUACAAAUGAAAAAAUAACACAGUUGCAAAAGCAACUUGAAGAGGCCAAUGAUCUACUGAGGACAGAGUCGGAUACUGCAGCACGGUUGAGAAAGAGUCACACAGAAAUGAGCAAGUCAGUAAGUCAGUUUGAAUCCCUAAAUAGGGAGUUGCAAGAGAGAUGCAGAAUCCUAGAGAGCGCAAAAUUACAAGUGGAAAAAGAUUAUUACCAACUGCAAGCAGCACUGGAAGUAGAACGAAGGGAUAGGAGCCAUGGAUCAGAAAUUAUUGGAGAGCUACAAGCUCGGAUUACAUCUUUACAAGAAGAAAUCAAAGGUAUUAAGAAUAAUCUUGAAAGAGUGGAAGAAGAAAGAAAACAGGCCCAGGACAUGCUUAAUCAUUCUGAAAAGGAAAAGAAUAAUUUAGAAAUAGAUCUAAACUACAAACUCAAAAUGUUACAACAACGUUUAGAGCAAGAAGUAAAUGAACAUAACAUAAAUAAAGCUCGAUUAACUGACAAGCAUCAGUCAAUAGAAGAGGCCAAGUCAGUUGCCAUGUGUGAAAUUGAAAAAAAGGUGAAAGAAGAGCGAGCAGCAAGAGAAAAGGCAGAAAAUCAAAUAGUUCAGAUUGAAAAACAAUGUUCCAUGCUAGACUUCGACCUGAAGCAAUCUCAGCAGAAGCUGGAGCACCUUAAUGAGCAGAAAGAGAGACUGGAAGAUGAGGUUAAGAAUCUGACACUUCAGCUGGAGCAUGAGAUAAACAGGAGAGUGAUGACACAGAAUGAACUUAAGAUGUAUGCUAUAGAAACAGAUAGCUUAAAAGGUUCUGAGAAGCAGCUAAAACAGGAGAUCAAUACAUUGUUGGAAGCAAAGAGAUUAGCAGAGUUUGAGUUGGCUCAACUGGCGAAGCAGUACAGAGGGAAUGAAGGCCAGAUGCGUGAACUACAAGAUCAACUAGAAGCUGAGCAGUAUUUCUCUACACUUUACAAAACUCAAGUUAAAGAACUUAAAGAAGAAAUUGAGGAAAAGAAUAAAGAAACUCAGAAAAAAGUACAAGAAUUACAAAAUGAAAAAGAAACUCUUGCUGCACAGUUAGAUCUGGCUGAAACAAAAGCUGAAUCUGAGCAAUUGGCCCGUGCUCUCCUUGAAGAGCAGUAUUUCGAACUAACUCAGGAGAGCAAGAAAGUAGCAUCGCGAAACAAACAAGAAAUUGUUGAUAAGGACAAUAUUGUAAGCCGGCUUGAAGAAACAAAUAAUACAUUAACCAAAGAUGUGGCAUUUUUAACAAAAGAAAAUUCUGAGCUAAAUGAGAAGAUUAAGAUACAAGAAGAAGACUAUAAAUUGAAGAAAGAAGAAGAAAUUAACUUCAUUAAAAUGCAGUACGAUAAGAACCUGAGCACGGAAAGGACCCUUAAAACACAGGCUGUCAACAAAUUGGCUGAGAUUAUGAAUCGAAAAGAUUUUAAACUAGAUAGAAAAAAAGUAAACAUGCAAGAUUUCAAGAAAAAAGAGAAAGAAAACCGAAAAUUACAAUUGGAACUUAACCAAGAAAAGGAGAAAUUUAAUCAGAUGGUAAUAAAAUACCAGAAGGAGCUUAAUGAAAUACAAGCGCAAAUUGUGGAUGAGUCUACAUGCAAGAAUGAACUUCAGAUGCAGCUGGAUAGUAAGGAGAGUGAUAUAGAACAACUGCGCAGACAAAUUUCUGACCUACAACAAGGCAUGGACUCUACCAGUGUUGCCAGCCUUCAGCCAGAUGAAACUGAUGGAAACGUUAUAGAAACAAGAAUGGAGGGAUGGCUUUCAAUACCAAACAAAGGAAACAUAAAACGUCACGGAUGGAAAAAGCAGUAUGUUGUGGUAAGCAGCAGAAAGAUUUUGUUCUAUAAUGACGAACAGGACAAAGAACAAUCUAAUCCAUCCAUGGUAUUGGAUAUAGAUAAAUUGUUCCAUGUCCGACCAGUAACACAGGGAGAUGUAUAUAGAGCAGAAACUGAAGAAAUUCCCAAAAUAUUCCAGAUUCUAUAUGCCAAUGAGGGUGAAUGCAGAAAAGAUUUGGAAGUAGAACCAGUGCAGCCAGCAGAGAAGACAAAUUGUCUGAAUCAUAAAGGUCAUGAAUUUAUCCCAACGUUAUACCACUUUCCAGCCAAUUGUGAGGCCUGUGCCAAACCCCUCUGGCAUGUAUUUAAGCCACCCCCUGCAGUGGAAUGUCGGAGAUGUCAUGUGAAGUGCCAUAAAGACCAUUUGGAUAAAAAAGAGGAAUUAAUUGCACCAUGUAAAGUGAGUUAUGACGUAACGUCAGCAAGAGAUAUGUUGUUAUUGGCAACCUGUCAAGAAGAUCAAAAGAAAUGGGUUUCUCAUUUAGUAAAGAAGAUUCCCAAAACACCACCAUCCUCUUUUGUCCGUGCUUCUCCCAGAACUCUUUCCACAAGGUCCUCAGCAAAUCAGUCAUUCAGAAAAGUUAAGAAUGCUUCUGGAAAAGCUAGGUCAAAGGACUAUGGAUCUGUGGGGGACAUUAUUCAUUCAGAAAAUUCAAGUUACUGUUAACAAUAUAUGCAGCGCUCAAUGGAAUCUGGCAUGGUGCAGUCUGAAAAAGCUGAGCUUCCUUCACCAUACAGAGCAAUGCAGACUGAUGUUCCUUCCAAUGCAACUUUCACAGGCUUCAGGGCUAAGACUGCUAUUACUCUCUCCUCCUUGCUUUGGCAUAAAAAGCACGCUGAGGGUGUCUUAUUGCGGGUUUGCCUUAAGGUAGAUUAGAUUAAUUAUUACUAUGUAAUGCAAGUAAAAGCAAAUAAAGCUUAGCUAGAUAUAAGGUUAAAGUGCUGCCUUUUUUGGAUUUCAAAAAAUAUAUAAAUGCCUGUCGAUCUUGAUGGAAUGCAGAGAACUUUUCUCAUAUUAAUGAGAAUAAGAGGACUAUUUACCCUGUGGGAGGGGUAUUUAUAUUGGGAUAAGCACACAGACUUGAGUAUAGAAAGAAAGUAUCUCAAAAUGAGAAGAACAGAAUUUUCUUUGAAGACUCGAAGUUGUGCUAAAGAAAACAGCAAAAUUUGCUUGAAAACAAAGCCGUAUAUAAUCACUUGAACUUCAGUGCCUUUUCUGCAUUGUUAUUAAUGCUAAUAAUUCAUCAUGAGACAGCGCAAAGUGUUAAAUAUUUUGCUUUACAAAAUACUAAUUCUGCAGAUUUGUAAAGGGGGAGAACAUGUAAUCUAUGCAUUGUUGCCAAGCCAUACAGAAUUGUACUUCUAGAGGCAUUAGAACUAACAGUUAAAACAACCAAGUUUGGAAGCAUAUUUUGGUACAUAAUUUUUCUAUAAUUUGUAUAAUAUAAUGCGUUAACAAUUUGAAGUGCAAAUUACAAUAAGCAUACACACACACACAUACACACACUGUGUGCACUGUCUGAAAUGUAAAUUAUUGUUAGAACACUUUUAAUGGGUGUUGUCCUUUUAGUGCCUUAUUCUGAGAAUUAUUUUACUGCCAUGUCAAAUAAGUGUAGAAAUCUCAAAUACCUAUUACUGUGUGUCAGUGCUUUUAUUGAUCAAAGUAUUGUAGGGGCUAGUUUCAUUUUCAAGUGUACAAUAUUAAAUGAAGCUGCCUAUUACCAAGAUAUAUUUUAAUUAUAAUACAAAAGGUAGUAAAUGCUUGUACCAUGAAAGCAAAUAAAACACCUACAACACUUUAAAAUUCCAGAUAAUACAGGAAUUGAAUACAUUUUAAAAUCUUGCUUUGUAGCAGGAAUAUUAUUGUGGUAUGAGCAGUAUGGUUUAUUUUAUUUUUAACCAAAUACCUCUUCAGUAAUUUAUAAUGGCUUUGCAGUUGUGUAUUAAAUAAGAAGCACUGGAAAACUGAUUCGUCUUCAUGGCGAUUUGUAUGUUUCAAGUGGUGUUGAAACCCGCACUAAUGGAUAUGUAAUAAGCAUAUCUGUUAUUAAUACAGUAAUGACUCGUGCUCAUUUAAUACAAAAUAAAACUAAUUUAUGGAAGAACUAUUUUGAAAAUGACUGUGGUAUUUUUCUCCAGAAUACACUUCCUAGGAAGUUUUGGAAAUUAUUAUGCUUUACAAACAGAUGAACAACUGUCAGCAUAUUUAAAUCUGAUACAAACUUGAUAGUUUUUAAAUUUUCAUUUUUAUAAUGUCAUACUACAUUUUAAUACAGGGUAAGGUAGUAAAAUUCUCAUAGGAUUUUGAAGAAUUUAUUUUGAUAUGUGAAUUGUUAAAUCCCAUUUACUAAGCACAUAAUGAUUUUCAUCAAAAGGAAAUUAUACCAGGUACACAGCUCUUAAAAGAUAAUAUUUACAUAUAUUUUUAAUUUAUAAUUAAAUCAUGGUUAAUAGAAAAACUAUGUCAAGCUUAUUCUGCACUCUAUAAGUCAGUGAUAUUGCUCUAUCACUAUACAGAAGUUACAUGGAUUUUAAUGAAGAUUAGACAGGGAUGGCCGAAGAGGAUUGAUAAAUAUGAGUAGUUGAAAAGAAUUUAAGAGGUUUUAAGUUGUCACAGGGGAAACGAUGAAGAAGAAUUGUUUGGUGAUGAUUUUGUUAAAGUGGCCUUUGAGGAAAGCGGGGGAGUGAUUCGAGAUAGGAAGAGGAAAGACUGUUGUUGGAAUGGGGAGCAGCAUGGCAGAAGGAACAAAAAGCGGAAAGUAGGCGGAAGAGACAAAGAGGGGGAAAUGGUAGGUGAGCUUGUGAUAACCACUGAAUGAGAAGUGGUAUAAAGGGGAACAAGCAAGACAAAGUAGGGCAGAGAGCUGGAGAAUUUUAAGGACUUGAAAGUGAUUCAGAGCAUAUAAGGGAAUCAACAUGGGGAAUUAAAAGGUGGUUGAUAUGGCCAUAAUGGAGAAAUAACCUUGAGGAGAGGAAACAGGGAAGGCCAGCAAGCAUAUGGUUAAUUAUUCUCAUGUUUGCUUCCCCUGAUUCAAAUGGUAAGGUUUUUUAUUGUAUUUUUAAUUAAAGUUGUGCAAUGAAUUGUACACUGUUUCCAUGAAGAUGAAUAGAAAGUAAAUGUUUAUGUAGAAAUGGGUAUAAGCAUUACCUUUAAAUGUGCAAUUUACAACCUUCUUGCCAGAGAUUUUAAAUUUUGAUAAUGGGGAUGAGGGGCACCUAGGAGGAGGAUGGAAACAAAUUCAGUAUCACAUGUCCAUAUGGUAGAUGAAUAGCAUCAGGACUUGUAUAGAAUUUGGUAGUCUAGAGAGGGAGGUAUUGAUGCAGAACAAAAUGUUGCCAUGUGGCUUUCAGAGCUUUCACCUGCUACAUUCUGGAGAAUUAUGCCUAAGCCCUAAAUUUAGGAUGCCCAAUUUGUUUCUUCUUUGGGGCCUAUUCUGUAAUAUUCAGAAGAACAUUCCUAUGGUGGGUGGGUUCACCUGUAAAAAUGUGAUUCCUGCCUAGUUCUGAAUUUGAUGUCAGGCCUCUCCUCCAUGCAAUGUCAAUAUAUUGUGUGUUUUAAUGCUUUAAAUUAUAUAUUGUAUCAGGAUGUUCUGUAUUGCCAGUAUUGUUAGUUUUCACUUUGUGGGUUUGUUCUCUGGUGUUCCUCAACCUAUGUGUAUAUAUCUACUACCUUAUCAAUCCACUUCGUGAAUCAUUUGGAGUAGCUGUUGCCUGUAAAACAUUAUGCUGCAAUAAACAAUGAGUCUUUAAAGUU